AUGCAUUUGAUUCCAUCUCUAUUACGAAAAAACAAUCUACCGUAGAUAAUGAGGCCGUCAAAUUUAAUGAAGUGCGCUGUUUCAAGUUUGACAGUGAACAUCCCAAUUCUAUGUUCAUAAAACAUAUCCUUAACGGAGAAUUUCUUGAGGUAAAUGUGGGUAAAAGAGGAUCUCGGCUGGGAAGUCAACGAACCCUGACAGAUUUGAGAAGAAAAUACAAUGGACCUCUAGCACUGAAUGACAAGAAGAUCAAAGAUCUGAAAAAGCUUCUAAAAUAUAUCCCGCCGAUUAGUCAGCAGUUUUUUGUUGAUAUUGUAGGAAAUACAAUUGAAGCAGAGCCAGGCAGUGAACAGCCGAAGGAAGGAGAAGAAGAGGCUGAAGAUAUAGAUGGCGAUGAUGAAGAAGUGAAUUUGGACUAA